GGCGCUGAUAUCAGAAUCACGGACAACCUCCGAUGGACGCUGGUCAAGGCAGCAUCACAUAACGGACACGUCAAGGUGAUCGAGCUGCUUCACAAGGAGGAUGCUGAUAUCACGAUUCCGAACAACAACGGAUGGACGCGAGUCAAUGCGACAUCCAUCUCAGGUUGCGUCGCUGAUGUGAAGGCACUCCUUGAUUCGGGCGCUGAUAUCAGAAUCACGGACAACCUCCGAUGGACGCUGGUCAAGGCAGCAUCACAUAACGGACACGUCAAGGUGAUCAAGCUGCUUCUCAAGGAGGGUGCCGAUAUCACGAUUCCGAACAACAACGGAUGGACG